UCCAAGACUUGCCCCGAAAGUGAGGUGUACAAAUUCAGGACUUCAGAGCCCUCUCUCCGUCUCUCUAAGAGGAGACUCUGGAACAAAACCCCCGCCUCCCUUUAUAUACGUACAAAACCCCCGUUUCAAAACCAGGAAUUUCGUUCUACCUAUUUACCCCCAAUCUCUGUGUUUCUCUUUCUCAGUCAGUUGUUAUUUUCCUUAGCCAUGGACGGCAUGCCUACAAAUGACAUUGAUCGCCAGUUCUUCUUUGAAGCCGCUCUAAUGACCGCAGAGGCUACCUAUGCAAAGAACCCCCUCGAUGCAGAUAAUCUUACAAGAUGGGGAGGAGCACUGCUUGAACUAUCUCAGUUUCAACAGGGCCCUAACUGCAUCAAGAUGGUUGAAGAUUCUAUUUCAAAACUUGAAGAGGCAUUGGAAGUUAACCCAAGAAAGCAUGAUACUCUUUGGUGCUUGGGAAAUGCAUACACAUCACAUGCGUUUCUUACUCCUGACCAUGAAGUAGCAAAAACUUACUUUAGAAAGGCUUCUCAGUAUUUCCAGAGGGCAGUGGAAGAGGAACCGAAUAAUGACCUCUAUCUGAAGUCUUUAGAACUGUCAGCCAAGGCUCCGGAAUUGCAUUUGGAAGUCCAUAAGCAAAUGUUUACGCAACCAGCUAGUGGUUCAGGUUCUUCAACAACUUCAAAUGUGAAGCGUGCAAAGAAAAAGGAAGCCAAUGAUGAAUGGAUAUACACUGCAGCUGGGUGGGUGGUGCUGGGUGUGCUGGUUGUGGCUGUCAUGUCACUGACGAGACCCAGUUACCCCCCUCCUGCACCUCCAAGAUAAGAGCAUUCGUUCUACCUAAUACUGUUACAUAAAUUUCAUGGUUUAACAGAGCCUCCUUGAGAGAGAGCAUUUCCAAAUACUGUGGCGUGACUUUCAUGGUUUCAGAGAGAGAGAGAGAGAGAGAGAGAGAGAGAGAGAG